UAUGUCACGUGACUGUAGAUCGGCGUGCAUGUUCCUAGUGGUAAUUUGAAGUCAGGGUUGAGGAGGUUUUAUUUGUUUUGGUUAAAUCUUGACGUUGAACCGCUACAGCGCCAUGUGACGCAGCUUUAAAGUUUCAUUAGUUAGUUUAAAGACACGUUUCAGACGAACUCAGACGGAAGACAGACAUGUCUGGUUUCAGCGCCGAGCUCAUUGACUAUUUGGAGGGGAAGAUCACUUUUGAGGAGUUUGACAGGAGAAGAGAUGAGCGAAAGUCAAAGGAACCAGGGAAUUCAUGUGAGGAUGCGGAGGAUGACGCUCAAGCCUCCACCUCUGCACAGACCCCGGGAAAAGGCGCCGAAGAAGGGGUCAGCCCUGGGGUCCAGCUAGCAUUCGCCUCCAUGCUGGGUGAAACAUCUGAACGAAAGUCUUCAGAAGAGGAGGACAGUUUGAGCUACGUUGAUGAUGAAGAUGAUGAGGAUUAUAAGGUGGCCGGUGACAAGGCAGAGACAGAGGUGGAGAUGGAGGCAAAGGUGGCACGGAAGAAACGGAGGCAAGGGAGGAGAGGCGGGCGAAGGAAGAAGAAGCUACAGGAGGAGGAUGAUGAUGAUGAUGGUGAAGGGGAGGAUGUAUCUGCCGGAGAUGUGUUUGCUCUGGAAAUGGAGCUGAACCGAGAAAAUAAGAAGAUGAUGAAGGGAAAGCGUCAACACAGUAAACUGCCCCGAGCUCUCAGAGGCCUGAUGGGCGAAGCCAACAUUCGCUACGCCAGAGGAGAGAAGGAGGACGCCAUCAUGAUGUGUAUGGAGAUCAUAAGACAAGCUCCUUUGGCCUAUGAGCCUUUCUCCACGUUAGCCAUGAUCUAUGAUGAUGAAGGAGACAUGGACAAGGGGCUGCAGUUCGGCCUGAUCGCCGCCCACCUGAACCCCUCGAACUGCGAGGAGUGGAUCCGACUGGCUGAAAUGUCUUUGGAGCAGGACAACAUCCGACAGGCAAUCGUGUGCUACUCCAAAGCUAUCAAGUACGACCCCACCAACGUGCGCUACCUGUGGGAGCGCUCCAGCCUCUACAUGCGUUUGGGCGAGCACAAGCAGUGCAUGGACGGCUACCGCAAGAUCCUGCUGCUGCUCCCGAUGGAGGACGGCGAGCACUUCAUGCAGCUGUCCAAGGACAUGGCCAAGAGUUACUAUGAGAGUAACGACGUGACAUCAGCGCUGAGCGUGAUAAACGAGGCUCUGCUACGACACCCCAGCUUAGUUACUGAUGACUUCAUCAACAUGGCCGCUGAGCUUUACAUCGCCAGCCAUAAGUACAACGAGGCCCUGCAGGUCUUGGUCCAGUUUGCAGGCAUUGUUUUGGUCCGUUCUGAAUCUAAAUCAAACCAAGUGGCACCAACACAGGUCCAGAAGGAGUCCGAGGAAACGCCUGUUAAGACGACUGUGGAGGAGGGAACAGCAGAGCCGAGUGGUACAGUCACAAUUACAGAUGUGCAGGUACCAGACACUGUCCCAGUGGACCUAAAGGCGAAGCUAAUGGUCUGCCUCAUACACAUGUGCGUCUGGACACCUGUGGAGAGCCUGGUGACAUCGCUGAUGGCGCUGAGUCCAGAAGAGAUCGGUGACCUGUACCUUGAUGUAGGUGAAGCCUACCUGGAUCAGGGCGAGUACACGGCUGCUCUGCCUCUGCUCUCUGCCCUCGUCAUAUCUGAAAAGUACAACCUGGCUGUUGUCUGGCUUCGACAUGCAGAGUGCCUGAAGGCCCUGGGCCACAUGGAGGAGGCAGCAGACAGCUACAAUAAGGUGGUCGAGAUGGCGCCGCAGCACCUGGAGGCCCGGCUCUCCCUGGCCACACUGCUGCAGCAGCUGGGCCGGCCCGAGCACGCACUGAAGGCCCUGGAGUCCAUGUAUGACAGCGAGACGCUGGCACAGGACUCGUCGGCUGCGCAGAAGGAAUUAAAACUUCUUCUGCAUCGUUCCACGCUGCUGAAAACUCAGGGCCUAUUCCAGGACUACCUGGACGCUAUGAUCACCAUGAUCUCAAUGCUGCUCAAGGUGGCCAUGCAGCGAGCCAAAGUGUGUGUGCGCUGCGUAAGUACGUCGGGUCAGAAUCACCUGAGGCUGGUGAAGGUCAAAGACAUCAUGCCCGAGAUUGCUGACCACGAGGCAGCUUAUCUGGACAACACUGGGAAAACCAACGUUCUGUCUAGAGAGGACUGGUGGCAGCUGCUGGUGAGCACCAUCCUGACGCUGUGCGACGUGCAGCGCUACGAGGAGGCUGAGCUGCUGGUGGACUCGGCCAUGGAGUUCUACUCCUUCUACGACAACAAGCCCAAGAGGAAGGAGCUGGAGUUCUUCGGCCUGUCCGCCACCAUUCUGGGCCGCAACCACUACAAGGCCUAUAACUACAUCCGGUUGAUGCUGAUGGAAAACGUGGAUCUGCCUCAGCUUUGGAAUGUUUUCAACCAGUUGACCAUAUCCUCCCAGCACCAGCGCCACCACCGCUUCUGCCUGCGCCUGCUGCUGAAACAUCCAGACAACCACGCCUUGUCCGUCCUGUGUGGACACAACGCCAUGGUGUCCGGGAGCUUCAAACACGCUCUGGGUCAGUAUGUUCAGGCUUUACAGACUCACCCCAACAACCCGCUCUACAACCUGUGUGUGGGCCUCACCUUCUUUCACAUGGCAUCGCAGAAGUAUGUAGCCACACGGCACACGCUGGUGCUGCAGGGUUUCUCCUUCCUGUGGCGGUACGUGGACCUGCGUGGAGUGUGUCAGGAGAGCAUGUUCAACCUGGGUAGGGCGCUGCACCAGAUGGGUCUCUCACAUUUGGCCAUACAUUACUACCAGAAGGCCCUGGAACUGCCUGCGGAGAAGCUGGAGGGCAUCGCUGAUGACGAGGUGGAUCUGAGGCGAGAGAUCGCCUACAACCUGUCAAACAUCUACCAGACCAGUGGGAACCUGGAGAUGGCGCGCCAGCUCAUCAACACCCACUGUGUAGUUUAAAACGUGCACAAGUUCAGUCUUCAUCUGUCUGAAUUUGAGGUUUUAGGCUCAGAAUCAGUUCCUGCAAGGAGCAAAAACUCAGGACUCAGAAGGAUGUAGUCAUUGUUACAUGAAUGGAUGAGGAAAUGCUGAAAUACAUGUAUUUAUUAUUUUAUAAUAAAUAAAGGUUGAAACAAA